AAGACUAGUUUUCGGUUGGUCGUUCAUUGAGGGUCAAAUUGCAUGCCUGUGCUUUGUGUUAGUGUAUUUUUCUCAUACAUAAGAGAUACCAGCUUUAAAAGGAUAUCUGAAGUGAGGUGGGAUGGGUAUGUUUUGAGUAUGUACGCAAGAAAAUUAUAGUGCUGUUUACAAAUUACCAUCGAUUUUUCGCAUAGCGUAAAGUCUGCUCAAUACUCUUCUGCACAUUACAAAUGAAGACAAUGAUUAGAUGUAAGGCGCCGAAAAAAGUGCUACGUUUAUAAUUGUCCAAUUUGAUUUUGUUCUUCAACGGAAGCCGAAUUCGACAUGGCUGAACCAUUAUCGCCCUCCCAAUCGACGUUUAAGCAAAACUUUGAUCUCGUGACUCCUGAAUUUGAUGAAGAUCCUAAAGUGUUAUGGGGCGUUCCCGUGCCGCCGUUCGUCUCCGAUAAAGUGGUCUCGUGGGUGGAAGAAAACUUUCCUGGUACGCCACAGCAGCGCAUCGAGUUUCAAGGGCUAAAUGUGUUGAGAAAGAUUGAAAAUGUGCGGAUGAUAGACCGGUAUAACAGCAAAAAUCCAACGGUUGGGGUGCUUUACCUCACCGCAACACACCUUAUUUUCGUGGAUCCGGAUGUUAAUAAGGAAACGUGGAUUUUGUACAUGCACAUUGGCGGUGUUGAGAAGCUGCCGCUGAGCACAACUGGCUCGCCACUGCUGAUACGAUGCAAGACCUUUUUGUCUAUCACGUUUGUCAUUCCUAAGGAACGUGAGUGUCACGAUGUGUACACAACGCUGAUGAAACUUUACCAACCGGUGAACAUCAAGAAUCUCUACUGCUUCCAAUACACAUCCCAUGCCAAAGAGUUGCCAAAGACAGUUGGGUGGGACUAUUUCAAACUGGAAAAUGAAUUCAAACGUAUGCGGGCCCCCAACGACCACUGGAGCCUAUGUACGUUGAACCAGAACUACGAGCUGUGCGACACCUACCCUCAACGGCUGUACGUGCCUGCCGAUGCGAGCACUGCAAUGCUGCUCGGCAGUUCUCGUUUCCGGUCUAAGGGGCGCCUUCCGGCGUUGACCUACUUACACACCAACAGGGCAUCGAUUUGCCGCUGCAGUCAGCCGCUGUCCGGUUUCAGUGCCCGUUGCUUGGAGGACGAACAAAUGUUGGAAGCGAUAAGGAAAACCAAUCCCAACUGUGGCUUCAUGUACGUGGUGGACACUAGACCAAGGAUUAAUGCUAUGGCGAAUCGUGCAGCCGGGAAGGGAUAUGAAAAUGAAGCGAACUACGAGAAUAUCAAGUUCCAGUUUCUCGGCAUUGAAAACAUUCACACAAUGCGAACCAGCCUGCAAAAAGUCAUCGAGUGUUGCGAACAGAAGUCACCAACAAUGAAUAGUUUUUUGAGCGCGCUCGAAUCUUCCGGUUGGCUCAAACACAUACGAUCAAUAUUGGACACAUCUAGCUUUAUUGCCAAUGCUGUCGACAAAGGGAUUUCCGUUGUUGUACAUUGUUCCGAUGGCUGGGAUCGCACGGCACAAGUUUGCUCGUUGGCAGCGCUUAUGUUGGAUCCAUAUUACCGCACUAUCAAAGGAUUUCAAGCACUUAUCGAGAAAGACUGGUUAGCAUUUGGACACAAGUUUAGUGAUCGGUGCGGACAUAUACAAAACGAUCCAAAAGAGGUGUCUCCCGUUUUCACCCAACUAUUGGAUUGCGCUUGGCAGUUGAUGCAACAACGCAACGAUGCGUUUGAGUUCAACGAGCGCUUUUUGCUCGUAUUGCAUGACCAUGUUAUGUCCUGUCAAUUCGGCACGUUUGUCGGAAACUGCGAAAAGGAUCGCCUGGAUCUUCGACUGUCGGAGAAAACGUUUUCCCUGUGGGGCUACAUGUCUAAUCAUUUGAAUGAGUAUAUUAACCCACUUUACCGACCGGAAAUGGACGAAACCAUUCGGCCAAAUUUGGCUCCACAAUGUAUAAAGUUCUGGCGUGGGAUGUACAGCCGAUUCGAGAGUGGAAUCCAUCCACGGGAACCUCUGGAGGAUAUGCUGAUUGCCAGUAAGGACCAUUCAACAUCACUGGAUGAUCAUGUACAGUUAUUAACAAAGCGUAUCAACAGCUUCAAGAACAUGAUUUCCAAAUCAGCCAAGCGAAUACAGGGAAGUAAAUACGUUGACAACCGUAGUAUCGAGGUAAACGAUAAUCGCUAUAAUUACGAUAAGAGACUGAGCGAGCUGUCCUCUGCCGAUGACGAUCACCCACUCAAGACUUCAAACUUUUCUUUCUCCAAUCUCUCUUCGACCGAGUACAAUGUAAACGGUCUAGACGCAAAUAAAGUCACGGAAGAAAUGAACUCAGUUGCCGUUGAAUGGAAACCGCUGCGCAGUGUGUCCAACUGCCCUUCCUGUUCGGUUCCAUUUGACCAGAUUACCAGAAAGCAGCACCACUGUUGGAGAUGCGGCGAGGUCUACUGCAGUCGCUGCAUCGAUAAGUCACUCGCCCUGGCUGGCCAUGACAGUGGCAAUGUGGUUCCGGUUUGUAAGAAUUGUUAUCGCGUCGCAACGCAGGUUAGUCCUACUUAAGUAUUUCAAUGGCACCCUUGUACCUUCCCCCCUCUAGACGCCUAUAGUUUAUUAUCAGUGUUUUGUAAAUGGAUAAGAAUAUGUAUUAGUGUAUAGCUCUCCAAAAAUUAUUUUCCGUUAUUAUUUAUUUUUCAUAUUGGCAAAUCUAAGAUAUUAGGAUAACAAAAAAUAGAGAAAAAGCAACAGAAUGCAACGAGUAGGAAUUUAAUUUAAUCCAUCUCUGAUGACUGGAUGUCGAUUUCAAGUUAAGCCCUUAAUCUAUGGAUCAUCUACAAAUUAUGUAAGGAUGUCGGGACGUCUAUAUGCAUUGAAAAUACUAUGUUGGAAGAUAGUUGUACAACAUGGUGGCAGUCUGUACGUAGUUUGUGGACGACCCCUACAUUUAAAUUUAAUUGCCUAUUGUUUUUCGUUCAUCCAUUCAUUUCUAUUUAUUCCUAAAGCUCAAUCGAUUUCGUUGAAAUUUUUUGAAUCCGGAAACAUUAUUUCUCCAGGAAUGCGUCUAGUGGUAAAAGAUCUACAUUUAGUCUUGCAAGCAAAUCCAUUGGAUUAUUACAAAUUAGUCUGUCACUAUUGAUCGGUUUCGUGACAGUUUUUGUUGUUUUCUCAACAGCAUUAUGGCAAGGUUGCGCUAUUUAGACUAAUCAGAGAACAACCCAAGCAACCAGAAGUUCAGAUUUUACUUAAAUUUACUCUUAACCGAACUAAUUCACUGUGGUUCACAUCAAGUUCCAAGCAUCCUUAACGAAACUUUAAAGUUCACUAUGGUUCACAUCAAGUUCCAAGCAUCUUUAACGAAACUUUAAAGUUCACUUUUACGCUCCCACCAUACUAAAAAUUACUUAAAAUGAGAGCUGAUUAAGCCAAAAUAGCCCUUCUUAUCCGAACUUCUGGUUGCUUGGGAAUGUCAUUGAUAGCACGCCCCUCAUCAAUAAAAAAUCAAUCCUUGAGAAAAUAUAACAGUAAUACUUAUUUUAUCACUAGUAAAGAACAAAACCCGGAUUUUAGCUCUAUCUAUAAAACCAUUUCUAGCUAAGGAAUUUGUUCAGUAACAAGAUUUUCCGUGUGGUCCUCUCACUACCGUUGUUCAUCAGUUCAUGAAGAGUUAGUUCAUAUUGAAAUCCCUGACAAGUUUUUUUCUUCUACCAAUCACUUCAGCCUAUAGAACUGAAACUGAAAGAAAAGUGUAUGUUUUGACUCGAUAGAAAUACGAAAAAAAAGUCAAAAAGUUUACAAACAUAACUACUAUCAACUCAAGUCAAUUGAAUACAGGUGUACACAUAAAUUAUCUUAAUUUACAUGAAUGUCUGUUUGUCUAUAGUAUAAUGUUACCUUUGGGUUAUUGCUCGAUGCUUGCUCCACUUUCUCUGAAACAACCUCUGAUAAUCCGCUGCCUUGUCCGCUGCAACCUGCUUCAACAGACAAAGUGCUUGUGUCUUCAAGAAAAAUGUCUAAUUUUACUUUAUUCGGUUGCAGUUCUUCGUUAUCCUUGACUUGCUCGCAUACUUCAAUCUCUGUAGUAGGUGCUUCCACUGGACUUAAUAUUCCUUCGAUGUUUGUCUCCUGCGGGUACAACAAUGGUAUCCAGGUGCUGCAAAACGAAACUUGUUAUAAAAAUUGAUGGUGUAUGAAAUCUUUACUCACAUUUCUUUGACGCCAUUGGUGUAUCCAAAUCCAAAUUUGUUCUGCACCCCACGAAUUUGAGAACUGACUCAAGGUCGCGCAAAAGUGAUCUUCGGCGAUGGUCAAAAGGGAAAAGGGUGUUAAACCCGAUGGCUGGAAAUUUUGAAAUUUAUCAUUAACUUUUUUUAAAACACAUUUUUCUUGCUAAGUUUCAGUUGUGUUUUAAUGACCCUUAACGUUUUCCCACUUUUUUAUGAUAAAAACUUACCUUUGAGGAAAUCGAAGCAAUCUGCUGGUGCAUGCGCAACAAAAUCGGCUAUCAAAUCCUUCUCUUCGAUGAUGAACGCGUCCGCCAUUUUUAAGCGUCGUUGAACUUUCCAUUCACUUUGACUUGGAAAAAUACCAUAAAGAACCUUAUGAAUUUGAAUCAUGUGGUGCACAGAUAACAUACGUCACAAGUAUGGAAAUUCAUAAUGUCAAUUAUUGUAAGCAUAAAUGACUUAUUAAACUGUGAAUUUAUUUUUGUUUUGCCUUUCAUAAGCUUCACCUUAUGAAUAUCAAAUGUUCAUUUAUCUGAGUGUAGGACUACAAACACCGAGGUUUUUUAACUAAUUGCUUGAAAAGUUUCUUCCGCUCCAUACAGUUUAGCUUUAAGGUCACUCCUGACAGAAUCCAUGUUUCAAAGUGCUCGCGUUUUCGGAGGCACACCACUCGAUACGGAAGCAACGCACAACUGUCAUUUUUAUUUUUUCACGCAUGCUGCGACGCAGCAAAGCUGAAUCAACAAAAAUGACAGUUGCCCGCCGCCUCCAUAUCGAGUGGUGUGCCCUCGAAAACGCGAGUACUUUGAAACUUGGAUUCUGUCAGGAGUGACCUUAAACGGAUGGAAUUCAAGUCUUUCAACCGGCUGCAGGCUAAAGUUAAUUUAAUUAGGGUUUCUUACCCCAUUCCCGGCAUAACAUGCGUAAAACUGCAUUACUUUAUUGUUUAUGAUAGGAAGAAUCUUUUCCUGCAUUUUGUGGGUCGUGUAAUACUCCAAUGGGGUUUACUUCUGCUUCAAAAAAUAGGUGUCCUUGUUAGCAGCUUUUAUAACCAAAUUGAAUGAACGAAAGGUGUUGGAAUAUGGUUUUAUGGCACAAUAUUGCGUCGAAUUGUGCAUUUAAUUUUGCUUGCAAGAUAGAUCGUAGACACGCGCGAUAUACGCGAUAUACUGAAGAACUUUAUGUUUGAGCAACAAUUUUGAUGAAAUACUUUACAGUCCAUUUUUUUCAAAAGUAAUUUUUUGUUGAUUAUACACUCCUUUGUUUUAGACCCCUCAUAUAAUGAAAUUUACAUUUGUUAUUUUCGCCAAAGCUAUUUUAUUAUUUUCAUCAUAUUUUUAAGCAUCAUAAAUCAUUUGCCGUUAAAUUGUAUAUAUUAGUUAGUAUAAUAAGUUUUUUCAAUACGGAUAGAUAAUGCAAAUCCUUAGUUAGACGUAAGAAAGAAGACAACCCAAAGGCUGUUAGGAACGUUACAUUAAACCCCUUCCCAAGCUUUUAAAUUGUGAUAUUCUUGUAAUCGAUUAUAUUUUCCGACAAUGUAAACAAACUAUGUAGGUACUGAAAUCAAUGAGUAAAAGUUACUCUCUUAUGGAUGUAAAUUUCAUGACGAAAAAUCAUGAGCUAAAAUAGCUUUAACUUUGUAAUGCAACAUUAAUUACCUGUAGAGAACAGUAUAUAGUUCCAUUGCUUGCGUAAAGCCUGCUUAUAUUCUUCAAUAAAGGCUAUAAAUUAAAAAAAAUAUCAAGUCAUCUAAAGGCAUACAAUUUCUUUUCUUUUUCUACUGCUGAAGUUUAGACUACGACUAUAGAGGGUCCUUCGCGACGAGUUUUGAUAUUUUAACUUCUCUCUCUCAUUUGAAUCAAUAAAACGGUAGCACUUGACGAACAUAACUCCUGCACAAGCAAGGUUAAAAUAAGCACUACGCAUGAUUAGCAAUCGGAUAAAUCUCUUCUAUUUCUAGAAAGAAUUGAAAACUACGGGGAACAGAUAUUCAACUCGAUUCAGAAAAUAAGACUAAGAACUGUAACGUAUUUUUCCUUUCAAAAAUAUUUUUUGUAGAUGGAUUUCUGUUCUCUGUCGUCAAACUUGUUGCUAAAAUGUGUUUAAAUUUAAUAUGUAUAAAGAUAUACCACUGUAUUGGAAAUAAAGUAUUGUCUAUGGUUGAAGAAUGA